AUGCUACGACAGAAAAACCAAUCGGUGAAAAAACCUAAUGAUCCAAGUUUUCAUUCUAUUCCUGUUAAAUUGACUACAACCUUACGUAACGAUCAAUUCCUUCGAUGUGAUACAGGACUGAGAGAGGACCGAAUCUUGAUAUGCGCAAGUGAUGAACAAGCCGAUAUACUGCAAGAUGCUGAAGAACUUCUGGUCGACGGAACAUUUCAAAUCGUUCCUGAAAUCUCUUAUCCACUCUAUAUUAUCCAUGGUGUAUUUCGUGAUCAUGGGAUUCCAUUAGUUUUCGUCUUAUUACGUCAAAAAACUGCUGAAACCUCUAAACGUCUUAUCGAUGAAACAGCAAUUGUUGCACCUCGUUGGUUUCCUCGCCCUAUCAUGCUCGAUUUCGAGCAAUCUUCCAUCAGGUCAUUCAAAGCAGCAUUUUCUACUAUCCUGUUAUUUGGUUGCUAUUUCCAUUUACGACAAAGUAUCCGUCGAAAACUGCAGGUGGGACGACUUCGAUCAAAUCGCACUCAACGAAAUCCUCUAUCUCCAAUCUCUCUUUGGGAUGUGCAUACCAGAACAAGUCAAUCUACGAUGCGAACCAAUAAUUCAGCUGAGGCUUACCAUCGACGAAUUGACGCAGUUUUCGAUUGCACACAUCCAACACUUUGGAUCUUUUUUGAAAAAUUAAUUCGUGUAGAAAAAAAUAUUCGUGCGGAUAUUCCUCAAGUAUGCGCUGGUCAACAAUCAAAGAAGAGAAAAUUGAAUGAACGGCUUGAGCGGCGAUCAUUGAAUCUGCUGUCGAAUCAUCACCAAGAUACUUCGGUAAAAAUCAAUGCGAUAAUGAGUUCAAUAUUUCUUUCAAAUAGAAUUGAGAAAAAAUCUUUUAGUGUGGUUAAUAGUGUGCUGAUUGAUCAAUGCGCUUAUCUUUCCCAUGCUCAGCGUUUACUCUUCUCGCUGGAAGGUUAA